AUGGUGAUGUGGAAUAACAGUGAUGCUAUGGAGCCCACAUUCUUCUUAAAGGGUUUUCCUGGACUGGAGCAUGCUCAUUCCUCGCUCUCGAUCCCACUCUGUCUUGCAUAUUUGGUAGCAGUGACUGGUAAUGUCACCAUCCUCUCCGUCAUUUGGCUGGAGGCAUCACUCCAUCAGCCCAUGUAUUACUUCCUGUCCAUCCUGGCAGUGACCGACCUGGGCAUGUCCCUGUCCACUGUUCCCACAGUGCUUGCUGUGCUGUGGUUCAAUGUUCGGGAAAUUCAGGCAAGUGCUUGUUACGUCCAGCUCUUCUUCAUCCACACAUUCACGUUUCUGGAGUCGUCGGUGCUGCUGGCUAUGGCCUUUGACCGCUUUGUUGCCAUCUGUCGUCCGCUGCACUACUCUACCAUCCUCACCAACGGUGUCAUUGGGAAGAUUGGUUUGGCCUGCGUGUCCCGAAGCAUGGGGGUUGUCCUGCCCACACCCUUGCUCCUGAGACGCUAUCACUAGUGCCACAGCAAUGUGCUCUCCCACGCCUUCUGCUUGCACCAAGACGUUCUGAAGCUGUCCUGCUCAGAUGCCAAGAUCAACAGCAUUUAUGGGCUGUGCGUCGUCAUUGUCACUCUCGGUCUGGAUUCAGUCUUCAUACUUCUUUCCUACGCUCUGAUUCUGAAUGCCGUGCUUGGCAUUGCCUCUCGCAAAGAGCGGCUGAAAGCACUCAACACGUGUGUAUCCCAUAUCUGUGUGGUGCUCAUCUUCUUUGUCCCGGUGAUUGGGGUGUCAAUGGUCCAUCGCUUUGGGAAACAACUGCCUCCAAUAGCGCAUGUCCUCAUGGCUGACGUCUACCUGCUUCUCCCCCCGGUGCUGAACCCUGUGGUCUACAGUGUCAGGACCAAGCAGAUUCGCGUAGGGAUUCUGCGCACGUUCCGGCUUGCCAGGAGGUUUUAA